UGGUAGUAUUAUUUUCUCUAUGGUUUUCGGUUUAUUUGUUAUUGUUUUGUCUUUUCAUUCAAAAUACUUUUUAGGAAUUUUGUAUUUGGCAUGAAUACUUACUAUGAGCGAGCCAGGAAUAAUAAAGAGACUGUGCGAGGAAGUUGUUAAUCGAAUAGCAGCUGGAGAAAUCAUACAAAGACCAGCCAAUGCGCUGAAAGAAUUAAUAGAGAAUAGCUUGGAUGCUAAAUCUACGAAUAUUAUAGUAACAGUGAAAGCUGGUGGUCUCAAAUAUUUACAGAUACAAGAUAACGGAACAGGUAUAAGAAAGGACAAUCUGGACAUAGUCUGUGAACGUUUCACCACAUCCAAGCUCCAGCAGUAUGAGGAUCUCCGGGAGAUCAGCACAUAUGGGUUCCGAGGGGAGGCGCUGGCCAGUAUCAGCCACAUCGCUCACUUGACUAUUCUCACCAAGACGGUUGCUGAGAAAUGUGCUUUCAAAGCAUCCUAUGAAAAUGGCAAGCUCAAAGGUGCACCGAAACCAUGUGCUGGCAACAACGGUACCCAAAUAACAGUUGAAGACCUGUUCUACAAUGUCAUAGCCAGGAAGAAGGCUCUACGGAGUCCGUCAGAAGAAUACUCACACAUUAUGGAGGUGGUUGGAAGUUAUGCUAUUCACAACCACAAUGUUGGGUUCACAUUGAAGAAGUUCGGGGAAGUGGCUGAUGUGAAGACACCCGUCAAAUCUAGUGUCAUUGAAAAUGUUAGGAUUAUAUAUGGCAAUGCAAUAGCGAGAGAGUUGAUGGAGAUAACUCUUGAGGAAGAGAAACUCAAACUGAAGAUAUCUGGAUAUGUGACCAACGUCAACUACUCUCACAAGAAGGGCACCAUGCUACUGUUCAUCAACCAUAGACUUGUUGACUCCCUGUCAAUAAGAAAAGCCGUGGACUCCAUAUAUUCGACGUAUCUCCCUAAAAAUGCGCAUUCCUUCGUUUAUCUCAGUAUUGAAUUAGAUCCAAGAAACAUAGAUGUGAAUGUGCACCCCACAAAACACGAAGUUCAUUUUCUAUACGAAGAGCAAAUCAUAGACAAGAUAAAGGAGUGUAUUGAGGCCAAACUGCUCAGCUGUAACUCUACUAGAGUUAUGUAUACUCAGGCGCGGCUCCCCGGCGCCACCAUGGUCGAUGAGAUCGUCAAGAAGACCACAGACGCAGCUCGAGUCAACCCCAACAACAUGGUCCGAGUCAGUGCUGACACGCAGAAAAUAGACAAAUUCUUCCACACCAAGACCAAACCACCCGAUACCGACGAAUCUAAACCCAUGGAGGUCGAACAAAAUGAUGAUGAAAAUAGAAAUGUAAACACAGUCACAGAUGAAAUAGAAAAAGCCACUGUGAUAGACAAAGAAAAUAAUGAAGAUACAUUAGAACAAUCGCUAAUACACGAGCCAAAUGAACAAAACAAAAUACCAGAUAGAUGGAAGUCUUACACGUCUGAUCAGGGAAAUAUCACCUACAUAGAUCCAAAGGAAUCGUUCAAAACGAGGACCUUUAAAUACGAGAGGGUAGAGACUAAAUUGACCAGUGUGAAGCAACUCAGAAUGGAUGUGGAAAGCAAAUGCAAUAUGAAUUUGAGGGAGAUACUGGCGAAUUUGAUCUAUAUUGGGUUUAUCGAUUUGAGCAAGUCUCUUAUUCAGCAUUCCACCAAGUUGUAUUUAUGUGAUACUACAAGAUUAACCGAGGAGUUAUUCUACGAGACGAUGCUGUACGACUUCCAGAACCUCGGUCUGAUCAAGCUGUCGACGCCGCUGCCUCUGGAACAGCUGUUUAUGUUGGGACUGAGCGCGCAGGAGGAUGAGUGGAACCCCGAACUAGGAGACAUGAAGGAUAUGGCUAAACAAAUGACGGAUCUGCUCGCGAACAAGAGACCUAUGUUGUUGGAAUACUUUUCUUUGGAGAUCACCGGCAACUGUGAAAUUGCAGCCCUGCCUCUGCUGUUGGACGGACACACGCCAUUUAUGGGCGCUUUACCGACGUAUCUCGUGCGUUUAGUCACCGAAGUGAACUGGGAAUCCGAAAAGGAUUGUUUCGACAACUUUGCGCGUCAAACCGCCAUCUUUUACUCGCAACCCAACCCGGAUAACAGCCCAGAGGUGGUGAAAUCUGAGCAAUGGAAACAAGAACAUGUUAUAUUCCCAGCGAUUAGAAGGAACUUUUUGCCCCCGAGUAGUUUUGUUACAAACGGGGCGAUGUUACAGAUAGCUAGUCUGAAUGAUUUGUAUAAAGUGUUUGAGCGUUGUUGAAUUUGUGUUGUUUGUUGGUAAGAAUAAAGAUUUUAUUUUUUAUCGAA